GCAAGGUUUUCAACUCAGCAUGGGUUGACGCAGUGCUCACAAAAUGAGGGGUGGAAGUUCAGAACGCUUGGUUGUACGGCCCUCUCGACGUAGAGGAGAAACGCGUGCUAAACUUACGCGAUAUAUCACUGUCAUACUAGCUACUUUGUUGGGAGGUGGUGGCUCCGCUUUACUCUUCCUCGUCCCACUGUACGCAGACCCAGCGCUAAGUGCCCUAGCGGCGGACUUCGAUCCGGUGCCAGCAGAGUGUGUAACUGAAAGACGUGAUGACCGACUUGGCUUGGACAACUGCACUUGGGCUUCCUGUAGAGAGGGCUGUACCAGCGACGCGUAUAAAUGCACACAGCUCCACGUUAAGUAUAAAGCUCACUCGGAGGAAUGGCGUCCAGCAGUCCUGUUCGUCAAUAUAAAAGGAUGCGGCUAUCCACCUGCAGUCGACUGUGAAAACUUUACAACGAGCUACGGGUAUGUGGGAGCCCGGUACCCCUGUUUUUGGUCACGAGCUGAUACAUCGGUCGUUGUGCCGCGUUGGUCUCGUGGAGAACAAGUCGCUACUGUGACCAGGACCUUGGCCGUACCGCUGUUCCUGUCUGGUUGCGCUGGGAUUGGACUGUGCGCUCUGCACUGCGAGUGCAAGCCUCGCCGUCGCCGACGUCCGCCGCGUCGCCCCCCACGUUUGCCUACACUCUCACCCGAUGACACAUCAGUCUACCGAUUAGCUUAAUCUAAAACGAAAUAAGCACAAAUUAUAUUUUCGAUAGUGAGAAUGUAAAUAAUAUAUGUGUAAAUAUAUAUAUUUAUCAGCAGC